AUGGACUUGAAUAAAUUCACCAUAAAAUCACAAAAGGCCAUCCAGGCCGCCCAACAGUUGGCCAUGGAGAAAAGCCACCAGGCAAUCACCACGGCUCAUCUCCUGAAGGGCAGUUUAGAAGUUGACGAAAAUGUUAUUCCCUUUUUAUUGAAAAAGCUAUCUGUAAACACCAAGGUGUUUGCACAGGCUUUGGAUAGCAUCAUACAGUCAUUGCCCAAAGUAGAGGGCGCUGAAAUUUAUCUUGAUCGCGAGGCCAACAAAGCUCUGAUGAAAGCGCAGAGUAUGGCCCGUGAAAUGAAAGACGAGUACGUUUCACUGGAACAUAUUUUAGCCGGCAUACAAGCGGGAAAUGACAAUGCCGCCAGCUUGUUGAAAGACAAUGGCAUUACCGCCAAAAACCUGGAACAAGCCAUUGUGGAGCUGCGCAAAGGAAAUAAGGUAACCAGUGCCUCUGCCGAAGAGCAAUACAACGCCCUGGAAAAGUAUGCGAAAAAUCUAAAUCAACUGGCCAGCGAUGGCAAACUAGACCCCGUAAUUGGACGAAUGGCGCAUCGCAUCAUCAGUGGAGACGUUCCUGAAAACCUCAAGGAGAAGAAAAUAUUCAGCCUUGAUAUGGGCGCAUUGCUCGCGGGUGCCAAGUACAAAGGCGAGUUUGAAGAACGACUGAAGGCGGUAGUAAAGGAAGUAACCGAAAGCGAUGGCAGUCUGGUACUGUUCAUUGAUGAAAUUCACACCCUGGUGGGAGCCGGUGGUGGCGAAGGGGCCAUGGAUGCCGCCAAUAUUUUGAAACCGGCAUUGGCCCGUGGAGAGCUGCGCGCCAUUGGUGCCACUACUUUGGGCGAAUACCAAAAGUAUUUUGAAAAAGACAAGGCCCUGGAACGCAGGUUUCAGAAGGUUAUGGUAAAUGAGCCCGAUACAGAAUCGGCCAUUUCCAUUUUGCGCGGGAUUAAGGAGAAAUACGAAACGCACCACAAAGUACGCAUUCAGGAUGAGGCUAUAAUUUCGGCCGUUGAGCUUUCGCAACGGUACAUCAGCGAUCGUUUUCUGCCCGACAAAGCCAUUGAUCUGGUAGAUGAAGCUGCUUCGAAGCUGAGAUUAGAGAUAAACUCCAAGCCCGAGGAAAUAGACGUAUUGGACAGGAAAAUAAUGCAGCUUGAAAUAGAACUGGAGGCCAUUAAGCGCGAAGGCGACAAAAGCAAGCAAGAUCAACUGCGGUCAGAUUUAGCCGAAUUAAACGAUGCAAGAAACACGCUCAACGCCAAGUGGGAGAAAGAGAAGGGCGUGGUUGAAGGCAUCCAAAAGGCCAAAGAAGAUAUUGAACGCCUUCGCCUGGAGGCAGAACAAGCCGAGCGCAGAGGCGAUUACGGACAAGUGGCCGAAAUUCGCUACGGGAAGUUGAAAGCGGCCGAGGAGCGAUUGGCCAAGGGCGAAAAAGAAGUUCAGCAGUUGCAAAGCGGUAACCCGCUAAUUAAAGAAGAGGUUGACGCGGAAGACAUUGCCGAUGUUGUGAGCCGCUGGACCGGCAUUCCGGUAACUAAAAUGUUGGAGAGCGAAAGGGAAAAACUCCUGAAGCUGGAAGAUGAACUGCACAAACGCGUGGUGGGCCAGGAAGAGGCGAUAAUGGCCGUUUCUGAUGCGGUGCGCAGGAGCAGAGCCGGCCUGCAGGCCUUGGCCGAAUAUCUCUUUAACGAUGAGAACGCCAUGACCCGCAUUGAUAUGAGCGAAUUUCAG